UAAAACCAACUUCCCAUGCUGUAUCAAAAGUUGGGUCUCGCACAAGGUACCAGUCAUUCAAACUGGGACUGCCACUGGCGUUAAGGAUGAAAUUCACACACGUAUAUGCAUUAAAUAUUACAUAACUUGUGGUGCCGUGAAAUACAAGUCGAAUUUGUACAUUGACCAAGCUUGUAAUUCAAAUAAAUAGUACACUUUACAGAAAUGAAUGAAAAUGUGUUAUUUCAGUCAAGCCUCUCCCUCUACAGUUUGAAAAAAAAAUGAUGUGUGUGCGUGAAGAAUCAUAAUUUAAAAGAAUUGAACAGUUUUUGUCACAUUUAUUCCAGGCAGAUUGCAUUGCUCAUUUUGGUGUGUUCACAAUGGCCAACUUGAUCAAAAAAGGUCUACGAAGCUCUAUAAGGCAGACGAAAAGAUAUACAGAGUUACAGUCUGGAAUACCUGAAUGUCUUGAGCGCUCAUUGUACCUUGCACACAUUCAAGACUUGUAGUAAAAAGGCCCCAGAACAUAUGAGCCUCCUUUAUGGCUUCACUGCAGGAACUGUGUGCUUUUCUGACCAUUGUCAGUUUAAUAGAAGGGUCAUGACAUUUUGCGCAUGUGUUGACAAGCCACAAAUCUUAUGUCCAAUGGUUUGGUAAAUUCCAGAUGUGCUUUUUUUUAUGACUUACCUCAAUCAGUGGUCUCCAAACUAUUCCGCAUAGGACCACAGUGGAUGCAGUAUUUCAUUCCAACAAAACAAGACGACACCAAUCUGGUGCCUUACUUGUAAACAGUUGAUUGCAAUCAGGUGCUGCUUGUUUUAGCAGAAACCUCAUUGGUUUAACAAUCUGUGCUUGUUCGGUUGGAACAAAACCAAGGACCCACAGUUGCUUUUGCGGACCGGUUUGGAGACCCUGUCCUGGAUGGUCAAAACUGUUAAUUGCUUUCUAUUAAUCCACGGCAGUUACAGAAAUGUACAUCCCUUGUGUGAAACAUGAAAGAGACUCAGUUCUAGGUCUGCUUUGCUACAUCUGGCAUGGGAGAGUCUCAAAUCUGUCCAAGGUACAAUGAAAUCUAAAGACUAUAAAGGUAUUCCAGAGAGAAAUUAACAGCCUAGUGCCAGAAAGCUUGGUCAUUCAUUUGGUAUUUAAUAAUUUGACACAGUGCAAGUAAAUUCUACUCAGACUUGUGCGACCACAAAAUGUUUUAAUGAUAUUUUAUUUUUUUGUUGUUGACAACCCUAAUUUCCAGAAUAAAAUUCAAUUGCUGGUGAUAAUGCACAAAUUUGGGCUAAUAAAUUAUAAAUAUAGUGGAAAUGAAAAAUAAUUACUCUGAAAGUCGAUUCACAUUGUGCACCCCUGAAAUUUCAGGUUAGGAGUGACACACAGUCGAAAAAAAAGUUAGCAAGGAGGCUCAGAGUUUGAUUACAGUUUGAUUUUUAUAAAUAAUUCUGUCAAAGCAAAAUUCAAAAGCAAUGUUCAUUUUCAUUGGUAGAUUUGAAUAAGUAUACAGUGGUACCUAUACAUACGAAGUUAAUUUGUUCCAGGACCUUGUUUGUAAGUCGUAAUGGUCGUAUGUCGAACAGGAUUUUCCCAUAAGAAUACAUUAUAAUCCCAUUAAUUCGUUCCACAGCCUGAAAACCUACAAAAAAUCCUUAAUAAAUGCUGCUGGUACUGUUGCAAAUAGCAGUUACACAGAGCAAAACAAAUAAAUUAUGAAUAAAAAAAUCAGAAUAAUAUUAACAGUAAUAAUAAUAUUGGUAAUAAUGUAACGAAUCUGGUUCUAAUGUGGCAGAUAUGUUUUGCGUGGUGUACCUGAACGCACCGAGUCGCUGACUUGAGAGUGUGAGAGAGGACUUUUUACUUUCACUUUGUUCAGCUGGUGCGGACAAUAAGCAUGUUGUGUUGAACACAUUCUGAAAUAAAUGAUUAAAAACCUGACGAAGCUGGCGAUUUUACCACAAUGAUAAAUGUCACCUAAACUUAAAAAGACUGGAGAACAGAGGUCGGAGGAUGACCGUCAUCGAGACUCUAGACAUUCUACGGCCGUAUUGUGAAGCCAGUUCACAGACGCGCCCACUGUGCUCAUAUUUUUCUGUCAUUCAUCUAUCAUCAACUAUCAUCAAUCAUCUUCAUUUCAAUGUGUGUGCUCCACUAUGGACCGCAGAAGUGAUGUGGGGCACAGCACAAACAAUAACAGGAAUACCCUCAUGCUCUACAAUGACAGAUGACAGAAGUACUAUGCUGUACAUUCUUGAGGAACCUCAGAUGCGAAGAGAAGGCGAGAGGCUUCGAACAUUUCAGAGCUGGCCAACGGAUGCUCCUGUUACAUGUGGAGAUCUGGCCAAGGCGGGAUUCUUCUUUCUUGGUCCAGGAGAUAAAGUCCAGUGUUUCUGCUGUGGUGGUGUUCUAAGAUGCUGGGUACAAGGAGACAGCCCGGCUGCCGAGCACAAGCGGCAUUUUCCCACUUGCAGCUUCAUACUGGGCCGAGCUGUGGGGAACAUUCCACUGCUGAGCGGCUCUCCUGACUCGGUGGACGGACAGCUGUUGAGUCAACUUCAGAGGUUGACAAUGGAUGACCAGGGGACUGCAGGACAAGCAGUCUACCCAGAGAUGGAGGGGGAGGAUUCCCGACUCAAUACCUUCCACAACUGGCCUACGGAGUCCUCAGUUCAGCCGGAUGUUCUUGCCAGGGCUGGAUUUUUCUACACAGGUCACGGCGACAAUGUCAAGUGCUUCUACUGCGAUGGGGGGCUGAGGAACUGGGAGCCGGGAGAUGACCCCUGGCAGGAACACGCAAAGUGGUUCCCACGGUGUGAAUUUCUAGUCCAAUCAAGAGGACAGGAAUAUAUUAACAACAUCCAGGACGCUCAUUUCCAUCUGAGCGAGACUGUGGUUGGCUCACAGGCAUCCACGGGCCGAGAAAUUGGCUCCAGAAAUGGAGUGGUCGGUGGUUUGGCAGCGUCAUCUGUCAUGCUCUCCCCAGUGGUGCAGAGUGUAAUCCAAAUGGGCUUUGAAGCCAGCCUGGUAGAGAGUCUGGUCCAGACCAAAUACCUUUUGACUGGCCAACACUACUUGCAUGUGUCUGACCUGGUCUGUGAUGUGCUACAUGCCGAGGAGGAAGACAGACAGAGAAGGCCACAGAGCAGAGAGCAUGAUGGGAGGCUACGCCCUGGUGCUGGGGACGUGAGGACACUAUCACCACUGGGAGAGAAAGAGAGGGAGCCCAGUCCCGAAGAGCUUUUGCGGCAGCUACAGGAGGAGAGGACUUGCAAGGUCUGCAUGGACAAGCUGGUAUCCAUUGUGUUCAUCCCCUGUGGUCAUCUGGUGGUGUGUGGUGACUGCGCUGCUAGCCUGCGUCACUGCCCCAUCUGCAGAGCCGUAAUCAGAGGCAGUGUUCGUGCCUUCAUGUCCUGAGAAAGCGUUGGGAUGCAAUCCACAGCCUGCGUGUCAAACAAGCACUUCUUUCUCAUAUGUUACUGGUUUAGUUAGCAGUUACUAAAUAGAAUCUAUAAUAAAUAUUUCAAGCUCCUCAGAAAA